AUGGACUCUUGUAAUGUGCGGGUUGUUUCCACUCCCUUCCCCAUUAACGGAAUGGAGUGCUAUGACCGAAGUAUGAAUGUUUCUAAGCCACAUGUAAUUAGUCAUGUCCCGGUGCAAAAGGCUAUAGUCUCCGGUGGAGCUCACAAAGUACGGCAGUUAAACGCUCUUAAUAAAAAUGGGCUUGAAGAGGUGGAAAAACCAAUCUACAUGGUCUCUCUACAUCAUAAAGGGAAAUUAUUGGUAUGGAAUGCAGAUGCGCAAGAGGUGGUGGGUAUGUGUGAUCAUCAUGAUUGUUCUGUUGAACAGUGUAUUGUUACUUCCACAUAUAUUUAUGUACGUGCAGAGAAUGAAGCGGGAAAAAAUAAUGAGGCCGACUGCAUGGUGUAUGUUUGGCACACGAAAUCAUUGGAACCAUUUCGUCAAAUAUUGGCACAUGAGGGACGAGUGACUUCUUUAGUGGUGAGUGAUACGAAAGAUGAAUGUUUUGCAACAGCUGGUAUUGAUCACACAGUGAAGUUUUGGGAUUUAACCAAAAGUGUUUUAGCUCCUGUAAAGAAAAUUGUUUUAAACAGUGUUCCAAGGGUUGCUUUAUAUUUUCGUAAUAUGGUAGUGGGAGGAUGUGCGGAGGUAUCUAUGAUUAUAUGGAAUGCACAGUCUGGAGAAACUGUAAAUACUAUAAAAGAUGGAAAUGAUCCUAUAGUGGUGGUUCGAUGGGUAAAUGAUCCUAAAGGACUUUUAGCUCCACCCCAUUCACGAGCGAAACAAUGUCUUAAUUCAUUACUUGUAGGUUAUAGUAGUGGUUUUGUAAAAGGAUGGUCAAUAGAUAUUUCUGCAAAUAAUAUGCCAAUGGUACUUAAAUGGUCACAAAAAGUUCACCGUACUUAUGUAAAUGAUCUCUGUGCAGAUGAUGAUAUUGUUUUGAGUUGGAGUACUUUAGAUGGUGCCUUUAUACUUAUACCUUCACGAGGUCAAUGUGUUCCACUUGUUUCAUAUGGUGUACGUAUUGCUAUUCUUGAUACUUGUGCUAAAAGUGCACUUGUUGGAGUGGAUGAUGGUUCUAUAAAAGUAUUUUCUUAUUCUGGAUUUGCUUCUGGUAUGAGUGAACCUGUUGUCAUGGCUUCUUUUCAACCGCAUUUAAGUGGAAUUACAGGAAUGUUUCUUCAAUUACUUGAAGAUGAAUCUUGGGAUCGUCUUAUUUGCGCUGCGGCGGAUGGCUCUAUUGCUUUCCUAGAUUAUACAAAGACUAGAGGUGGUAAAUGGUUAAAAGAAAUUGGGGCACAAUGUGUAGAAAGUGUAUCUAAUGAUGGAUGUGUACUUCUUCCAUGGGCAGCUCGUGGUGGUAUUUCAGCUAUUGAUCCUAUAGAAAUGCUACCUUUUCCAAAACAACCAAAUUUGGAAUUAAAACAACUUAUUACAACCAUACGAUGGGUGGAGGAAACAAAUAAAUUAUUUGUAGGUUCAGAUGAUGGAGUACUUUCUAUAUUUGAAGGAAGUUUUGAUGAACAUCAUAUUCCUUCUUUUCAUAAAAUUGAAGAAAGAAAAUUAUCACCAUAUUUUGUACGAAAUAUUGCGAUAAGUGAACCUAAUAGAAGUUUUGCUGUUGUAAAUUUACAAAAAGGUGUAUUAUGGCGUGAUGGAGCCUUUUUUAUUGUGGACACUAAAGGAGCAGAUCUUAUGUAUCCUAUUCAACCUAUACCAAGUAUGUUUCCUAUACGAAGUAGUAUGAUUACAUUUACAGGAUUAGAUUCAUUUGAUUACACAGUUAUUUUACAACUUCGCGAUGGGACGAUUGUACAAUAUGUUGGUCAUACUAUUGGAAAAAAACCUCCUGUGUUUGUACGGGUAUUAGCAGGUUCUCUUCUCACAGAUGUACUUAACUUGGAGUCUACUGGACUUGCCGUGUAUCCAAGCAAUUAUGUACUGGAUAUACUUCCAACGGGAGGUGGGGUAUUGAAUUUGAGUUUAAUGUAUGCAGAAGGUUCAACCAUAAAACGAUUGAUAUUUAGUGCAGGUACUGCUGGUUCCGUUGAAAAACGUAAUUUUGCAGAAAGAGAACAAUCUUCAAAUGGAGGAAAUACAGAAGAUGAAUUUCAAUCUGUGGUUGCCUUAUGUCCUGUUCGUCAAGGUGAAUUGGGUUUUGUUAUUAUUCGAAAUUCUCCCUAUGUGGAUAUUGUUCGAAAUAAUGGAGAUUAUAUUUACCGUAUUUCUCAUAAAGGAGAUGUUUUAAAUUAUGAAAUCAUAGGCCGUAGGCGUCGAUCACGUACAUUUCCAUUUGAGGCAUCUUCUUCUUUAAAUAAUAGUAUGUCCUUUGCACCCGCAUCUUCUCCUGCUGCUUGUACUGCCGCCUUCUGUGCGGUAUCUCGAUAUAUCGCUAUUGGAUACAGAGAUGGUCUUGUGCAAUUGUUUGAUACCACACAAAAUGUUAUCUUUGCACGGUUUACUGUACAUAGAACGAUGAUAUUUGGUCUUUGGGCAUUUCCACGUGUGGUGAUAUCAUCUACAGAAGAUGGAUUUUGUCAUGCCGAUCGCAUUCUCCCUCGUGUGAUGUUUGAUGAUCGCGGAAGUCGACAAAACUCUGCAAGUGGAUCUAUACUGAUUCCACGUUCAUCUCCAGGGAACACUUCUUUGGCGAGCACUGCAUAA